UAGUUCCACGACUCCACGAGGAAACCCGAAAAUAUUUUCUGUCUAGUCUACUGUAGAUCUCCACACCAGUACUGGCAGUAGUACAUGACUGUAUCUCUAUUUUGCACUGUGGUGUAGAUCCACUCAGUGACAGUAGUAGGAAAGCUACCUCCUUGUUUGUGCAGCGGUGGUUCAUGGAGGAGGGCCUCGGGUGACCAAGUCCAAGGUGACUGACUCUCAUCUGCUCUUGCUGGUGCGCGUUGGAACUGACUGACUGACUGCUGGAUGGCGCAGAUGGAAAGUUGCGUGCUCAUUCCACUGAGCUACUUCAGACAACCGUCGACUCCUGUAAUCUUUCUUUUGUCCGCAAUCAGAGAUUAUUACGCUGGCCUAGACUGCACUUGCUAUGACAUCUAGCUGGACACAUUUCCAGUUGAAGUCUGUUUGUUUAUGAAGGUACUGUCUCGUCAAACCCGUGUGGCGAUAUCCGAAAAAUGCGAACGUGAACGGUGCACCUACUUUAUCGUAGCAGCGCAGGGCAGGUUGAAGUAAUCUGGAGAACGUGUGCUGGUGGAAGAGGCGGCCUGUAGUGGCGUCGGAGGUGUUGAAGUUUCAGAGGUAACUACUAACGUUACUUCAAGUGUCUUAGCACUUGAUUAUUUGAUAACUGCUUCGCAACCUCGCGACCUAUGCGCUGAAGGGUCAACUCCGAAAACGGUGUGGAACUGUGGGCCAGUGUGGCUGGAAGCCAGCCGGUCCGCCACAGGCGCACUGGGUACUACUACAAUGCAUCACGCCAGCAGGGUGGCUUCUCUGCGCCGACAUGACCCGGUAGCGAUAUCGCUACUGGCCGUUCUCCUGCUGGGCAAGUGCCUCCUGCUACUGGGCGACCCAGCGGGCGCUAACGUUGCGAAUCAAAAUGUGGCACAAGGAGACGAAGAUGGCGGGUCGGCUGGUGGGUCAGUAAGAUCUGUGGGCUCGUUGAAUUGCACGUGCACAGCGUUGGCGGACUGCGUUGAUGAUGCCGCCAUGCUGGAUAGCUCGCUGUACGCCAUCACGCUGUGUGUCUGCCAGAACGACUCCAGUUCUACGUCCUUCUCGUGCUCAGAACUGAUCACAUCACUGAUCGACUUGCAGAUGACGUCGUCAAGCAACGCCAGCUCAGCUAACAUGACAUCAGCAGCGCUCACGGCCUCCAUGUCACCGCCCACUCCCAUUGCGAUGGAGAGCUCCGGGCCAGCGAACGCAUCACCGACUGGAACCGGCGUCUCGCAAUCCGCUUCUCUUACUAUGGCGACGCGUGCACUGACAGGCAUCGGAGCCAGCGGUGCAUCAGAUGAUCCGGACGGCUGGCUUGGCGUGGCCUGGUGGUACUGGAUCGCUAUCAUCGGCGCCAGUGCCAGCUUGCUCACCGCACUCAUCGCCGUACUCUGCACGGCCAGGUGCAUACGCCGGCGCCAGCGCAACAAGAUCACGUUCAACUCGCCGUACCAGCACCGCCGCGGUAGCAGUCAGACGGUCGAGGGCCGGUUCAUACACAUGCACGCCAAGACCUUGACAGGCCCAGGCAUGGGCGCGAGCGGCGAAGUCUUUCGCCACCGCGGCUCCAUAGCGUCCGAGCUGUCGUCCGACACGGCCCUCUCGCACACGCUACCAAUGUCCUCGGGCUCGCGUCCCACACGAGAGUCGACCCGCUCCAACGGCACCGCCGGUCCCAAGUGCAGCUACACUAUGAAGGCGGCCUCGCCAUCACCCGUGCAAGGUCGGCCUCCGGCUGAGUCCAACGGCAGCACUGGGGGUGGUAGCAGCGGCGGUGGUGGAGGCGACGGGUUUGAAACGUCGUCAUCGCACCACCACCAUCGCCUGAACCACACGUACGACGAGCCAAGCGUGGACAUGGCCCAGGUGAGUCCAACGCGCCUGCGUACCUUCACCGGCUACAGUGACUCCGAGAACAGCGGCAGCAGCGAGGCUGGCUACAUGUACAUGGCGCGCCAGGCACGCAUGCACAAGCAAUCAGCAGCGCCGCAGCCGUCGUCAUCACAACAGCAACAGCAGGGCAUUGCUCGCAAGACCAGCAGCAAUGGCAGCGGCAGCAAGCUGGACACGCUCGAGCGGCCCCUGCUGAAGGCUGCCGCCGACAUGGCGGUGUCCGACGACGACGUCACGGCCGAAUCAUGCGACCAGGACGACGGCAAAGGUCAGGCGGAACAAGAUCACGCGCGCGUAGAUCCAGCAGCGGAGCUAAAACAAGACACUGGCGACGCCGACCACAAGGAUGGCGAUGUAGACCCAUCGGCGGAGGCUGGCAUUAGCUCAUUGAAACGUUCUGCAUCGAAGGGCAGAGCACCACCAAUACCUGGACCCAAACCAGUAGGGAAGGUGUCCGACGCGAGCAGCUCACCCGGAUCUCUCCGCAAGCCCAACAAAGCACCACCAGCGCGACCGGCCGAAACCUCGCCCUACUCCUCCGCCGUCAAAAUCCAACAGAAGCUGCGCGAGCAACAGCGACUGCACCAGCAACGACGGCUGCUGCACCGUCGCUUCACGGACAUCACCGGGACAACGGUGCAGGCACCCGCUGCCAUCGCCGCUGCUGCUGCUGGUGCUGGUGGUUCGCUUAACCGCACCAGGUCUGCCCGCGGUGGUGCGGCUGGACGCAGCGUGCCGCGUCCCAACCGCCAACCGCCGGUGGCGCCGUCCAACACGGGCAGCAACUCCCUGCGAAGCUGGAGUGACGACGACCUGCUCGACAAGCGCGAUGCCAGGGGAAGGCACUCGAUCAGCGGCCAUCCAGCCAGUACACCACUCACAAACCCUUACCACACGUCCAGUCUGUUUGAGGUUGCGGCAGCUGGUCCCAGCAGUGCGCCGCGCGGCAUUAUACACUACCCUGCCAGUCACUCUGGCUGAUACUACUCAUCAGUCUGCGUAAUUGGGACAUGGAAACUGCUGCUGCAGCGUGGCAGCAAUCUCUACCCCCCCCCCCUCUCUCUCUCUCUCUCUCUCUCUCUCUCUCUCUCUCUACCUGUCUAUCACACACGCACAUGCAUGCACACACACACACACACGUCCUGUCCUGUAGAGCCACUACCACUAGGGUCACGGGACACACACAAGCACACACACACACGCACACGCGCGCACUCUCACCCUACACUCAUUCUACAUGUACUUCUCUCAUCAUCUCUGGAGCUGACACACAAGCUCACUCCGAACCGUACCCUGUCUAGCCAGCACUGCCUGCAGGCCAUGUAGCAGGGAGUCAAUCACGCAGACUAGGUAACCUGAACGCUAUGAACUGGAAGUAAACAAUACCCGUAGGUUUGUCUGCCUUGGCAACACUGCAUUGAUUGUACCCUUGAGAAGAGCUCUGUUUGCUGCACCAGACUCCUCCACUCGUAAAACGAAAAUACCACCCAACAAACAUCAGUACUGCCUUGUUGAAGUAAGAAGUGCAGCGUAACUCUGUUGUAGGCUGGACUCUAGCAAAUCACUGCACCACACCCGCACCCAGUUUUUGGCUACUCAGAUAACAAUAGUACGCGUACACGUAGCUAUGAGUGAUUGCUUCUUGUAUUGGAGAUGUACUUCUAGACUAGUGCUGCACUCUAUCACCGUGCUAGACUAAGUUAUAAUAAUGAUACCCACCGUGCUCCAUCUUUUUUUUCCUUCUUGCAUUCAAUUUGCAUUCCUCUUUUGGGUAUUGGCAUUCAUGGCCGGCUCCUUCAUCGCAUGCUAGGAUACUGGCCAUCUUUUGAAAUGUCACUGUGACAUCACAUCGUGUACAGUGUAGUGAUAUCAAGAGUGAUUGCACUUCACAUCGCUUUCAUGGGCGCUGUCUCUGGUUUCUUGUUUUCGUUUGUACCCCUACUUGCCUGCAGACUGCAAGGUUGUAUGGAAGGUUUUUAUACGUUAGUCAGGCCAAUUAGCUUUUACCAACAUGGACUUUAUUUUUCACCAUCAAUAGUUUGACCAUCCGGGCCGCGGGUCUGGUGUUCUCUGCUGAGUAGCUGCACGACGGGUAUCACGAGGCAAAGCUGAUGACGUGCUAUCUGCAUGCAUCCCAUAGUCUGUUCUUGCACUGAAUCUCGUCGUAACAUUAACGGUGAAACGCGUACCUGUUCAACGCCUUCAAUGACGCUAGGGCAUGCUUGAAUAGGGGUUUUUUAAUACUUUUUUCUCUCUAUUAAAUAACUUUCUGAGCUUAGCCAUAAUUAUGCGUCUGACUAGAGUAUCACUGAAUGCCAUGGCAACACGUUGGCAGCUGCAGUUGGCACGAACAGCUAUAUAAUAAAUAAUAGGACACCAGUAUUACUAUGACAUUGUGAGAAGUAGUUCGACUCUUA